GAGGGGUUUACUGGGUCACACAGCCCGACUACCCCCAACACUGAAGAAGAAGGGACAGUCAGAGGAAGACUAACACCAGACAAAGCGCCGAGGAAACCAUGAACACUGGGAAGCUGUGUGUGCUGUGACUUCCUGACGUCUAGAAGUGAGGAAUACUGAUCUGGAGAGAGAUCAGCACAAUGUCACGGUCAGAUGAGAUCAACAAAAUGACAGAAAAUGUCUACAAGGGCAUUCUGGACCAGUUCAACCCCAGUCUGAAGAAUUUUGUCACCAUGGGCAAACACUAUGAAAAGGCUCUGACAGGUGUCACAGUAGCAGCAAAGGGUUAUUUUGAUGCUCUGGUCAAACUAGGCGAGCUGGCCAGUGACAGCCAGGGCUCGAAAGAACUGGGCGAUACGCUGUUCCAGAUGGCAGAGGUUCAUCGGCAGAUCCAGGUCCAACUCGAGGAUGUGCUGAAGCUGUUUCAUUCAGAGCUGCUGUCUCAGCUCGAGCAGAAACUGGAGCUAGACAUCAAAUAUCUGACCGGGACGUUGAAGAAGUACCAGAGUGAGAGGAAGUCCAAGGUGGAGUCUAUUGAGCGCUGCCAGUCACAGCUGAAGAAGCUGCGGAGGAAGAGCCAAGCCAGCCGCCAUCCCAACAAAUAUGGAGACAGAGAGAUGCAGUAUGUGGAGCUGAUGAGUCGCCGGCAGGGGGAGCUGGACUCGCUGGUGGCCGUUGGGUAUCGCUCCGCUCUGACAGAAGAAAGAAGACGCUAUUGCUUUCUGGUGGACCGUCAGUGUUCAGUCACCAAGAUCCUCACCAACUACCACUGCAAGGUGAGAGAGCUGUUGUCUCAGAAGUUGUCAUCGUGGCAGCAGUCAUGUGCUCAGCCAACCAAGCUCCCGGAGCGAGCGCUGAACCUGCUGCGUCACACCGCCCCCCAGAGCUCUGGAGGAGCAGGACUCGCCGAGGUCCUGCGCAACGCCAAACUGGGCAUCACUCAACCCACAGAACAGAGGCUUUCUGUACAGGAAGUCCCUCCUCUGUUGAACGGUGACAGCAGCAGUCGUCCUCCUCCGCAGCAGCAGAACCCCUCUAGUAAUGGACACACCCACUCCAGCUCUUCAGCCAGCACCGCCCACUCCCAGCCAGCAGUGGGCGUGUCUGGGUGUCAGUCCCCUCCCACUGUUAGCCACACCCCCAGCUCCACCCACAGCGCCCCUCUGACCCGAGCGCUGUCCAGCUGUCCUGCUGCUCCUGACCUCUACUCCACCUCCACACUGCCUCUGCCCAGGAGACAGUCCAGCGACACUCGCCAGGGACUCAUGGGCUGGACUCUCCCCCGUGUGCUCCCUCUCUGUGCUCCGUCCCGUGUGGAGGCUCUGUUCCCUCACUCCCCAGACUCCUGCGAGGGACAGAAGCCCGGAGACCGAGGAGGAAGCUCAUGCCUGCUGUCCUUCCUGCCUGGAGACGCUCUGUCCCUGCUGAUCAGUGAGCCCAGAGACGGCUGGCACUACGGCCAGAACGAGCGCACGGGACGAAAAGGCUGGUUUCCCUUCUCCUUCACUCAGCCUUUCCCCGGCUCUCCCGGACAGGAGCUCAGUCCUCCGGUCCUGUCGAAGGUGAACAGCAGCAGUAUGGGACAGCUGGACAGGCUUCCCCCCGCGGGUCAGACGCUGCAGGUCAGUCCUGACUCUGAGGACGAGACCAGCGUUAUAUCCCAGCGCAUCAGCACCUUCAGACCGCGACCCUACAGCAUGAUGAACCCCGAGAGCAGCAGAACGAGGAUGUCGACUGACUUCACCUCUCCACCUCCACCACCCAGCAGGAUCAACCCGUUCGCUCACAUUCGGCUCAAGAAGACGGUGACCAACGACCGCUCCGCCCCUCUGAUACAGCAGAGCCUUUGAUUGACAGCCGCACAUGCUCCUGUUAAAGCUUCAGGAACAGCCCAGUACACACAAAACCAUUAUGA